GGUGUAACAUGUGUUGGAUAAUUCCAGAAGGUGCGUCGCAGUUCUAAGGCCUUUCUACUGUCUACUCACCGGUAGCUUGACUGCACGUCGGAACUAGCAUUGAUCAGGACGUGACGCUUGAGAAUCUCCAAGGCAGCGUUUAUUAAAAUAUUCGCUAAUAUUAUCUACUGUCAAACGGUUUAAGUCGUUUUAUUUCAGUUGGUUAGCCGAGCUGUCAAAAUGUUGAGCAUUGCCAGAAGCGUUUCAAGGACUCUGCCGACAAGAAACUGCGCACGAAAUGUGUCGUCUUUGCUAACAAAAGCUCAUUGGAGCGGCUUCCAAUCUGAUGCGCUCAGAGCCCUGUCCAGAAGAGACUAUGCGUCAGAAGCCAUCAAGGGGGCAGUCAUUGGAAUUGACCUGGGAACCACCAACUCUUGUGUUGCAGUCAUGGAGGGUAAACAAGCAAAGGUGUUGGAGAAUGCGGAGGGAGCCAGGACAACUCCUUCGGUCAUUGCAUUUACCGCCGAAGGGGAGCGCCUCGUCGGUAUGCCUGCUAAACGCCAGGCUGUCACCAAUCCUCAAAAUACGUUGUACGCCACAAAGAGACUGAUUGGCCGCCGCUUUGAUGACCCUGAAGUCCAGAAGGACAUGAAAAAUGUCUCCUACAAGAUUGUGCGUGCUUCUAAUGGUGAUGCUUGGGUGGAGGCUCAUGGAAAAAUGUACUCCCCCAGUCAGGCUGGGGCCUUCGUUCUGAUGAAAAUGAAGGAGACAGCAGAGAACUACCUGGGAACUAAAGUGAAGAAUGCUGUUAUCACAGUACCGGCUUACUUCAAUGACUCUCAAAGACAGGCUACCAAGGAUGCUGGCCAAAUUGCUGGUUUGAACGUUCUGCGUGUCAUCAAUGAGCCCACAGCGGCCGCACUGGCCUACGGCUUGGACAAAACCCAGGACAAGAUUAUUGCUGUAUAUGAUCUUGGAGGAGGUACGUUUGAUAUCUCCAUUUUGGAGAUUCAGAAGGGAGUCUUCGAGGUGAAGUCCACCAACGGCGAUACCAUUCUUGGAGGAGAGGACUUUGACCUCCCCCUACUCAAACACAUUGUCAAGGAAUUCAAGAGAGAGUCUGGUGUGGAUCUGACAAAAGACAACAUGGCCCUCCAGAGAGUCAGAGAAGCUGCCGAGAAGGCCAAAUGUGAGCUGUCAUCUUCACUGCAGACUGACAUCAAUCUUCCCUACUUAACCAUGGAUGCAUCCGGCCCCAAACAUCUCAAUAUGAAGGUGACUCGUGCUCAGUUUGAAGGCCUCGUAGCCGAUCUGAUCCGUCGCACAGUCGCUCCCUGUCAGAAGGCCUUGCAAGAUGCAGAGGUCUCCAAGGGCGACAUUGGAGAGGUGCUACUGGUUGGAGGCAUGUCACGCAUGCCCAAGGUACAACAGACUGUUCAAGACCUGUUUGGCCGCGCACCCAGCAAGUCUGUCAACCCAGAUGAGGCUGUUGCCGUAGGAGCAGCCAUUCAGGGCGGCGUUCUCGCAGGAGACGUCACCGAUGUCCUGCUUUUGGAUGUGACGCCACUCUCGCUGGGAAUUGAGACUCUGGGUGGGGUUUUCACCAAACUUAUCAACAGGAACACAACCAUUCCCACCAAGAAGAGCCAGGUUUUCUCCACAGCAGCAGAUGGCCAAACGCAAGUAGAGAUCAAAGUGUGUCAGGGUGAGAGAGAGAUGGCAGCAGACAACAAGGUGCUGGGACAGUUUACCUUGGUGGGACUCCCCCCUGCCCCUCGUGGUGUUCCCCAAAUUGAGGUUACCUUUGACAUUGACGCCAAUGGCAUCGUCCAUGUGUCCGCCAAGGACAAAGGGACAGGCCGGGAACAGCAGAUUGUUAUCCAGUCAUCAGGAGGUCUCAGUAAAGAUGACAUUGAGAACAUGGUGAGAAACGCUGAGAAGUAUGCUGAGGAGGACAGGCGGCGAAAGGAGCGUGUGGAGGCUGUAAAUAUGGCGGAAGGCAUUGUUCACGAUACAGAAUCUAAGAUGGAGGAAUUCAAGGACCAGCUUCCUGCUGAUGAGUGCACCAAGCUGAAGGAGGAGAUCACCAAGGUACGAGAUCUUCUCGCCAACAAGGACUCCGAAACGGGGGAGAACAUCAAGCAGGCUGCCAGCAACCUACAACAGGCGUCACUCAAGCUCUUCGAGAUGGCCUACAAGAAGAUGGCGUCAGAGCGCGACAGCGGCAACAGCAGCGGCGACAGCAGCAGCAGCAGCAGCAGCUCAGAGGGCGAGAAGAAAGAGGGCCAGCAGUAGACUUUUGACAAUUGCACUGUGUGUUUGCUGUCAUAAAAUUUGACAACAGGACUGUUGGGGGGGGGGGGGGGAGGAAUUGCAGGGCCGAUGUGUGAAUGUUGUGAAACAUGAUCAUGUAUGUAUGGAUGGAUGCAUGUAUGUGUGUGGGUUAAUAUGCAAGAUCAGCCGUAUGCAGCUGUUCAACUGAAAUUUGGCCAGGUGGAUCACAAUUGCAUUGCUGUCUUUUGUAGUAAAAUAAAAAAAUAAUCAGUCCUGGGACUGAUUGAACUAA